AUGAAUCGGAUUCGAGCGGCGUUGCCGUGGAGGAAGAAAACCUACUACGGGGAUUCCGACUCCACGGGAUACUGCUCCUCGUCAGAUGUCUCCAAAGCUCUAUCCGACUCUCAAUUCAUCCUCCGACCCAACACAGCACUAUUGAGCUCUAGCUAUUCAAAUGGCACGAACUAUUAUGCGCUGGACUACACCGAAAGUUCGCGUCGUCAAAAAGACAAAGGAAGUACGAUAACUUCAAGAAGUUCUACAAUCAGCUCGACUACUUUUAAGUCGCAUUCUAUGAACACCGCCGCCGCCGACGGUGACGACGAGGGCGGCGACGUGGAAGACGACGAAGCGAGCACAAUCCGUGCGAAUUCCGUGAGACAAGUCCCGAUGAUGCCAAAACUGACAUCCCUCAAACAUCUAAUGACAGAGAGUUCUUGUUCCAGUGAAGAACUUCCCCAACAUGAGGAGAUUGAGGAUGACGUGGCGACGCUAGAAGAGGUUUCAAUGGAAUACGACGACGACGAAGGGGAUGAUGAUAUCACUUUGGAUAUCCCAGUCCCUAGACGGGAAUACCGGAAUUCUAGCUUCCGCUCCUUUCCAUUUUCGUAUCAACUAAUGGAGAGUGAGAUGGAUCGACUGUUCGAUAUGAUGCAAGUGGAUGAGCAGAUCCCAAGCACAUCCUCCUCGAAUUCCAAUGAUUCCCGUCUUAAGAAACGUCUUCUGAUUCGUGAGCAACCCACCUCCAAAAUCUACUAUCACGAUAUCUCGACAUCCGAGGCGACUCCGCCCCCUCGACCUACGGUUACUCGAACAGAGAGUGUGCCCAGGUCGAUAUUGAAAAACUCGACGUCAUUUGCGAUUUACGAGGAAAUAUAUGGGGAUCACUUGACACCACCGCCUACGGAUAUAAGACCUCAGCUACCGGAUCGGCCGAUUCUUAUGGCGUUCCAGCAGUUCCCACCGUGCACCACGUUUCAGCCGAGACAGAGACUCCCCUCGGUCCGUCGCCGCAAGAAAAUGCCGAGUCUCCACCACUCGACAUCGUUCGCCUCGUACUUUAGACGGAGGAAAUAA